AAAAUGAACGCCACUCUGUGUGAUUCUGCAGCGACCAAGUAUCACCACCUGACAACGGAGCACCAACUGAAUGCCAACUGCUCCUCGCCCUCCUCCAACUGGACGGUGGGGUAUGAUGCCCUGCAGCUGCCUACAUUCACAACAGCAGCCAAAGUCAGAGUGAUUAUCACCUGCAUUCUCUGUGGCAUAUCGGCCUUCUGCAACCUCCCCGUGCUGUGGGCAGCAUGCAGAGAUGGGAAACGCAAAUCCCACGUCACGGUGCUGAUAAUCAACCUGACAGUUGCUGAUCUGCUGGUCACCUUCAUCGUGAUGCCUGUGGACGCCGUGUGGAACAUCACUGUCCAAUGGCUUGCUUGGGACUUUGCUUGCAGGCUACUGAUGUUUCUUAAGCUGCAGGCGAUGUACUCAUGCGCCUUUGUUACCGUGGUGAUCAGUCUGGAUAGGCAGUCAGCCAUACUCAAUCCUCUGGCUAUCAGUAAAGCCAGAAAGAGGAACAGAGUCAUGCUGACUGUGGCGUGGGGUAUGAGCGUGGUGCUGUCAGUUCCUCAGAUGUUUCUUUUUCACAAUGUGACCAUCAUCCUUCCCGAAGACUUCACUCAAUGUACCACACGUGGAAGUUUUGUCACUCACUGGCAUGAAACGUCCUACAACAUGUUCACUUUUUCCUGCCUGUUCCUGCUUCCUCUGGUCAUCAUGAUCACCUGCUACACAAGGAUCUUCUGCGAGAUCUCCAAACGGCUGAAAAAGGACCACAUGCCAUCCAAUGAAUUGCAUUUGCGUUGUUCCAAGAAUAACAUCCCCAGAGCCCGGAUGAGAACUCUCAAAAUGAGUAUUGUGAUUGUCUCGUCGUUCAUCAUUUGCUGGACUCCGUACUACCUGCUGGGCCUGUGGUACUGGUUCUUCCCCAACGACCUUGAGGGGAAGGUCUCCCACUCACUGACCCACAUGCUGUUCAUCUUUGGCCUCGUCAAUGCCUGCCUGGACCCACUCAUCUACGGCCUGUUCACCAUCCACUUCCGAAAGGGGCUCCGGAGGUUUUACAGCAACGCCACCACAGUGUCCGACCUCGACAACAACACGGUUCUAACUGGAUCUUUCACUUGUGCUGCCAACUCUUUGCAGCUGAAAAGAGAGGUGAGCCCUGCCAUCCAGGAGAGGUUCAUGUUGUGCGGCGAUAACCGCAGCAAAGCAGAGUUGAGGUCGCCAAGAAGCAGCUUUUUAACAGAAGACAAUGAUGCAGAGAGAGAUCCGAACCAGUCCAGCCCGGAGAGCAUCAUAUGUGGAGAAGACAGGGUGGAGGCUUCCUGA